GGGCACGGAGCCGGGCGCUCGGGGGCUCGGGGGCCGAGGCGCUGUCCAAGUGCGGCGGCUUGGGGUCGGCGAGCGGCAGCGCGGCGCGUCGGGGCCGGCGAGCAAGGCGGCGAGGCAUGGAGGGCGCCGGGAAAGGCCGGCCGUGGCGGAGGGGGACGGCGAGCGGGAGCCGGAGCGGCGGCGGCGGCCAGAGGCGAGUGGUGCUGUGGCUCGUGUGCGUUUGCGUGUGGGAGAGCGGGGCCGAAACGCUGCGCUAUUCCGUGUGGGAGGAAAUGGCGAGGGACUCGUGGGUGGGCAACGUCGCCCGGGACCUGGGGCUUUCUCCGAGCCAGCUGGCGGCUCGCAAGGCGCGCGUGGUGUCCGAGGGGAGCGAGCAGCAUUUCCGCCUGGAUCCGCACAGCGGCGUCCUGACGGUCACGGAGACGCUGGACCGAGAGCGGAUCUGUCCGCACAGCGAGAGCUGCGCGCUCUUCUUUAAGCUGUUCUUUGAGAACCCGGUGCAGCUGAUCCGCGGGGAGGUGGAGCUUCGCGACGUGAACGACAACUCCCCCGUGUUCCCGCAGAAGGAGGUGGUUCUGGACGUUCUUGAAACGGCGACUCCUGGAUCUCGGUUCCCACUAGAUAGCGCCCAGGACAGAGACGUGGGGCUGAACAGCUUACAGAAUUACAGCCUCUCCCCGAAUUCACAUUUCUCCCUAGCAGUCGAAACAGGGAAAGGGGCUGCUGAAUUCGUGAAGCUCGUCCUCGAGAGGCCUUUGGACCGCGAGGAGCAGCGGGAGCUGCAUUUGGUGCUGACGGCCACGGACGGGGGCUCGCCGCCCAGGUCGGGCACGGCUGAGGUGCGGGUGGUGGUGCUGGAUGCCAACGACAACAUGCCGGUGUUCUCGCGGGAGGUGUACGAGGUGCGCGUGGCCGAGAACAGCCCCCCGGGGCAGCUGGUGGUGCGGGUGUCGGCCGCGGAUCCCGAUGAGGGAACCAACGGCAAAGUGCGGUACGAGUUCACGCAGACAUCGGAAGGAUCCCGAGAGCCCUUUGAUCUGAACCCUGAGAGCGGAGAGAUUCGGGUUUCGGGCAAUCUUGAUUUUGAAGAAGCAAAGACUCACAAGCUGGUGGUGAGAGCCACAGACGGCGGCGGUCUGUCUGCGCACUGCAAAGUGCACGUGGAGGUGCUGGACGAGAACGACAACGCGCCGGAGAUCGAGCUGAGCUCGGUGAGCGCGUCCAUCCCCGAGGACGCCCCGCCGCGCACCGUGGUGGCCCUGCUGAGCGUGCGGGACCGCGACUCCGGCGACAACGGGCGGACGGAGUGCGCCGUGGAGGGCGACGUGCCGUUCAGCCUGACGGCCGCGUUCGCCGACCACUACGAGCUGCGCACCAGCGCGGCCCUGGACAGGGAGACGGCGGCCGAGUACAACGUGAGCAUCGUGGCCACGGACCGGGGCCGGGCGCGGCUGAGCGCUCGCGAGAGCGUGCGGGUGCGGGUCGGCGACGUGAACGACAACGCGCCUCGCUUCACGCAGGCGGCGUACAGCAUGUGGGUGAGCGAGAACGAGGCGGGCGCGGUGCGGAUCGGCAGCGUGAAGGCGACGGACGCGGACGCGGGCGCGAACGGGCGCGUGAGGUACGCGCUGGUGCGGGAGGAGGGCGAGGAGCGGCCCGCCGUGUCGGUGGACGGCGAGAGCGGGGCCGUGUCCGUGGUGCGGCCGCUGGACUACGAGCAGGUGCGCGCCGUGGAGGUGACGGUGGUCGCCGCCGACGGGGGCUCGCCGCCGCGGAGCGCCACGGCGCUGGUGCGGGUGCUGGUGCGGGACGAGAACGACAACGCGCCCGUGGUGCUGCACCCGCCGGCCGACGGCGGCGCGGCGCUGGGCGAGCUGGUGCCGCGGCGGGCGCGGGCGGGCUACCUGGUGGCCAAGGUGGUGGCGGUGGACGCGGACGCGGGGCAGAACGCGUGGCUGUGCUACGAGCUGGCCAAGGCGACGGAGCCGGGGCUGUUCCGCGUGGGGCUGCACAGCGGCGAGGUGCGCACGGCGCGGGCCGUGGGCGAGCGCGACGCGGCCCGGCACAGGCUGGUGGUGCUGGUGCGGGACCGCGGGCGGCCGCCGCGCUCCGCCAGCGCCACGCUGGCCGUCGCCCUGGCCGACGGCUUCUCCGAAGGCCGCCUGCGGGCGAGCGAAGAGGCGCCGGCCGCCGAGCCCGACGGCCGCCUCACCCUGUACCUCAGCGUCUGCUUGGCCUGCGUGUCCGCGCUCUUCGUGGCCGGCGCGGCGGCCGCCGUGGCCGCCCAUGUGCGGCGGGCCCGGCGGGGCGAGCCGGGGACCUUGCCCGCCUUCCCGCGCUCCGCCGCCGACAGCGGCGCCGGCUCCCUGCCCCGCAGCUACGUCUACGACGUGCGCCUCGCCGCCGGCACCGUCGACAGCGAGUUCCGCUUCCUCGGGCCGCUCUUGCCCUGCUUCCCCGCCGGGCUGCCGCACGGCGCGGCCGAGCGCCGGAGCUCGCUGUGCUCGGCCGGCCUCGGCCAAGAAGAAGGCGACUGGGCCGUGCAGGGCCGAGCUCCCGUCUCUGAAGGCACGGGUGCCAGGGCAGCAGAGGAGAAUGCCAGUUUGGAUCAAAGCCCCUGGCUCAGCCAUCAGUAAGGGAGGAGAAGGAGAAGCAUCUCGGUCCUCGUGGGCUGAUCUCUUCCAAUUGAAAUGAAGGAGUCACCAACACUGUACCAAAAAUCACCAGGGAAGCAGAGAUGUGCUGUGUGAGAAGUCAAGGACAAUCUCCUCUGAUGCAGUGCUUCAUUCACGUGUUCAUUUUGAAAUUUUGUUACGUUUGGAGGUGGAUGCAUGCUGGGAUCACUGAGACGUGAUAUCUAAUUGUGAUAGUGCUAUUGCUCCUAAGCAUUAAGUGAAGAAUGGGAAGAAGCGAUUCCGAUAUUGAAGCUGUUGUUUUCAUACAUCUGCUUUCAUGCUUUCUUUUUGCCAGUGGAGGUUUUCUUUAAUAGCCCUGAGAAGCGCUGCCUUAGAGGUGCCCAACACUCACAGUGCACAUUCAGCCAGGAGCUCCUUGGUUCUGCAUGCUGUACAGAGUGCUCCUUGAGCAAUGUAUUCCUUUUUGGUUUGAUUUUGUUUUCUUUCCUAAUCUCAAAUGUAAAUGAGUUGUAAUACAGCGUUUCUGGAACAUCAUGUAUAAGAUAGCAGAGAAUUCAAAGCAGUGUGAUAUUUCUGGUCCUUCAUUUCACUCAUGUAUUUCCUUGGUAUGAAUGGCUGGUGACAAAACCAAUAAAAUCUACUGGGAAAUCUGAAGGAAUCUGAGUUUUAAUACAAGGGCUGUGUCUUCUGAUGUGCAGAUACCAUUCUAGCUCUGAGCUCCAUUAAGGAUCACUGGUUUGUUUGUACGCUUCUGUUUCUGAUGUUGACGGACAGCAUCUGCCAUGAACUGAGGGGAGUCAGGGCAGGAAAGGUCUGUGGAAGCUCUUCUCAGCCUGGGUCUUUUCCUAACUGUAGUGGUACUGUAUGUGAGAUUCCAAUAAGCUAUGGUCCAAAGGUAUGGCAUCCAAAGGGACAUUGCACAUCAUGUGACAACAUGCAAAGUGAUGCAGCUGGGGCAGUU